AUGUGCAUAGUGCGAUGGGUUUUGCGUUUUCUGGUUGGAUUUUCAGCAGCCUCUGCGCAGGACUUCGGUUUCCCAGCAGAUGCCUCGGACAGCUGCAAUGACAGCUGCCAGGCAGAUUCUGUUCCAUUGAUUCAACUUGGAAGACCUGAGAAGGGCUGUGCAGAUGAGUUGUGGGCCCGUGCUGCCGAAGCAAUCAAGGGCUUCAAGAGCUCCCUCAGUGAAAGCCAAGCACUGAAAGUCUUCGAGCAGGGCUGCAAUCCAAACACAUCUCCACUGCCGAAAGAAUUGUGCAUUGAAGUAAAAGCAGCGCACGAGAUGGCAGUGGCAGAGAUUCUUGGAAAACUGAACUCUUUGGACUCGCCACCACUGAUGUCUUUCGCAGAUUUUGCGGUGAUCGUCAUGUUUGACUGUAUGUGGAAGAACCGGCAGGAUGAAUUUGACACCGCCUACGUGGGUAAGCCAUACAACGUUUGCCCACUCGACAAGAUUUGUGGCGGCAUCACCUCCUCGAAAGAUUUUGAAACGCUCACCAGCCAUAUACGUCACACAGUUGCUGUGGCUGCUGUUCUGGAUGAAGCUUGGCCUGGCACCGGUGAAGUGUAUCCCAUGCUGCGCGUGACCUUGCUACACAAAUCUGACGGUGCAGCGGCUCCCGAAACUACGCAGGGCAGCAAUGGCUUAAGGGUCUCCUGUAUCAAUGGUGGUUGGGCUUUGCCAUGCAACCUUCAUGUUAAGACUGUGAAAUACUCACAGAGCUUUCAAAUUGCUUGGGGUCCAGAGCGACAUGGCAUGCGAGGAAUAAAUCCUUUAUCUUUGCAAAGCGCGGUUGUAAGCGUCCCUCCUGGCCAGCACCUAGAAAACUUCAGCGACACUGGGGUGAUUGCAAAAAUGCCUCCACCGGCAGGAAAUCCCAUCACUAUGGUUAUCAUUGGAGACUCUUGCAACGGGAACAUGAAGGGCUUCGGCCAGUGCAACUUUAGAGCGUUCUACGGAGUGAAUCUCACGCUGCCAUUGCUGCUCAAUGCAGCUUUGAAAUCAAGUGAUCUGUGGUACCUUACAGGUGACAACUUCUAUGAUCGCUAUGGACUUUUUAGCGUGAGUAUCUUUGCGCAGUUGAACAAAGAAGCUCAAGGGAUUCCACUCCUUGCAACUCCGGGAAAUCAUGACUACUGGUUCAAUGGCAUUCCAAAUACCGGUGCCAAUUCGUGGCUUUGGGGCUACGACCAGUUUGCCAAUGGCCACGCACAAUUCUUCGCGCAAGAUAGCCACGCCACCUUUGAGCCCAAGGCGCCUGCUGCCGAUCAGAUCUAUCCGUCUGGGACACCCGUGGAGAGGUUUAGCGCUGCCAACGGCGGCUUUUUGAAUUUUGAAGCAACACCAAAGGCAGACGCGAGGCCAGAGAAUUUUUAUCACUACAGUAUCGCGGGAAAUAUCGGCUUCGUGAUGUUCACGUGCGUCGGAGGGGACCCCAGAAGCUUUGUGAGGGAAGCCUGCAGCUUCAUGAAGGCGAAGAAUCCCAAAUUAGUCUUGUUUCUUGGCCAUUGGAACAUGGCGGGCUCUGGCUGUCCUGCAGGCAGAGAUGUUCCAAGCAUCGCAAAAUGGGCCUUGAAGAACACGGAUUGUUCAGCCUUUGCUGGAAGCAAUGGCAAAGCUCCUUUCGGGCAAAUCGGACGUGCAGCUUCACGUCUCAAGUUCAUCGUGGGUCACCAACACUGCAAUUGCAUGACCAAUUUUGAAAGGAUUGCGCAAGAUUCCUGCUUGCCUGACGAAGUGGCACCAAAUCUGGUGGAUGGAUUCCUCAUUGGGAGCCACGGAAUGAGUUGGGAUCCAUAUCCCGGGGCAAAGCCGGAAUGCUCACCUCGCUUUGGUUUGCCCGUGCUGCGCACAGAUGACAACAAGCUCACCUUUGCAUAUGCAAAGCUCUCCUUAGAAGUGAUGCCAGGGGAGCCUGUGACGAGCUGGCAACUCUACACUGCAUUUCUUGGACACACUCCAGCGGAGUGGUCGCAUGCAGAAGCUGGUCCCUACGGUGCUGGCAUAUUGAACAGCAAGCUGACCGCCUUGCUCUCAUGCCUGAAGGACAUGAAGAAGUUACAGUGUUCCUACAAGGAUCCAGAGAUGUACAAGGCCCUGGCUCGCCGCGCGGUGGAUUCCAGGGACUCCUUUCGGAUGGUGGUGAAGGUGAGCUGUGUGGCGACGCACAUCCAGAAGCUUCAGCAGGUGCAGGACUGGUGGCCGAAACUUUGGAGGGCUUGGAGACCUAGAAAUUGA